GAUAAACAAAAUGUUAGCGUUUGCAGUUUUACUUCUGGCGGGACAACUUACUCCGCUCAGAGCUGGAAAAUGUACGACUGGGUUCUCAGUAGUGGCACCCGAGGUAGCAGUGCCGGGUAAGACGACCGCAGUACUGGUCACUCUGCAUGGCAAUGAAGAUACCGUGGACCCAUUGAAUGUGACCGUGCGACUAGAAACGCAAGACGCACAGAAUGAUGUCAAACUACUAACUACUGCUAGUCAAAUGAUCAUCGGAUAUGGCAUCAUCUCUUUGAAGAUCCCAUCGUCUCCGGCCACUCAUUGCACACUUCACACGACUGUUGGUUGUGUGGGCAACGACGAGUGUACAGCAAAGAGUCACAGCGUCAUCAGACUUCUGGGACCAGUCAGAGAUGUCAUUGUACGACCAGCUCGACAUCAUUAUAGACCUGGAGAAACUAUUACAUUCUGGAUACUGGCGUUGGACCACGAUUUACGAUUGGUUCGCGGUGAAAUAGCAUAUGUGUCCUUGAGUGACCCCGCGGGAACAAAGGUCGCUAUUUGGGAUCAGCUGUCAAUGGAUGAAGGUGUAAGAAAAUUAAGUUCCAUCAUUGCGCCGGGAGCUCGUUCGGGUAUAUGGAGGGUAGAGGCGAAGUGUGGUGGAGCAUCAGCUCGGGUUGAUAUCACCGUAGGGUCAGGGGCAGGCGGCGCUAGUGCAGCCGCGCCGGCAGCUGAACAACACUAUGUGGAAUUGAGGUUCGCUGAUAGCAUGCGACGUCGGUACAAGCCUGGAUUGCCUUUCGUUGGAAGGGUUGAAGCAAUGAGUACGGAGAAACGAGUGCGUGUUCGAGUUAAAUUGUAUGACGAUAAAACGGACAUCUACAGUCAAGAUAUCGACAUGUCGACUGGAGAGGGAGGAUUCAUAGUUCCUACAGUAAUGGCUGAUGCACCCUAUGUCAAUUUACAGGCGGAGUUAGUUGCCGUUGAAGGGAAAGAAAUAGAAACGCACUACGUCCUCGCCAGGGAGAGAAUUCGACGUUGGAAUUCAACAUCGAAAUGCUAUUUGCUGGUUGAAAAUUUACCAACGCCAUUGCAGGCAGGAGGCGUGGCGAGUGCUAGCGUGUGGUCUUCGUGCGGUUGCCGCCAGCGCCUCCUAGCAGCGGUCACCAGCGGCGGUCGCGCGGUGCAUUGGGCGGCAGUACCUGCUCCAGAUCCCACCAGCAAUGAUGAUCUGUGCCGAUUUAACUAUACGUUCCCGGUGACGGCUGACAUGGCGCCGGUGAGCUCUCUCCUCGUCUACUACGUGACCGAGGCUGGGGAGCCCGUGAGUGACGUAGUCAGCUUCCACGUCCGACUGCUGCAUAAGGAGGUCGCAGUAGCUGUGGAAGAAAGGAGAUGGUGGUACCCAAGAGCUGCCCUGCAGUUGCGUGUACUCGCUCCCCCUGAUUCCCUGAUGUGCUUGAUUGGGGCCCGAUCACCGCCUGACGCUCGCUUCGAUCCCCAUCAAUCGUAA